UAGCGCGAAAAUGCGAGUUUUCAGUUUUUGUUGAUAUAAUUUUUUAAACAACUUUUUUAUUUAUUAUUAUAAUUAACAUGGCAACACGAUCGAAAUUAACAAAAAAUAAAGAAGAACUUAAUUCUUCUUCAAGUAAAAAUAUUAAAACACUUGAUGCGGAAAAGAAAGUUUUCUUUUUCGACAAACAACUUCUAAGCGCGUCAGAGAAUUUAAAAUUCGAAUAUUUCUAUCAUCCUGGAAAGGGCAAACCUGCACUUUACGUUGUUGAUGAAAAGAGUAGAAAACUAUUUGAGAUUCUAGAAUUCUCAGAACCUCACCGCAGUUGGUUGAUUGAUGACCAAGUAUGUUCCAAUGGCAAGCUAUACCUCACUGCACCGGUCGACCCCACCUUCCUGGCGUUGUUUUAUCUAAAAAAAUUCUGUUCAAAACGAGCCAUGGCUCUGGAUGACAUAGUCGAUGAUGAUGAUCCUUCAGUGCAUAAGUUCUUAACAAACUACACAAUCAUUGAGCUUUUAGAAGUCGUAGCAGAUGUGAAGAUUGCAGCGGAAACCAAAUACUUCAAAUACAAUUCAAACCGAACUAUAGCAUGGUUAGCGGUGAAGGUUAAGAAUCUAGUGCAACGUCUAAAAAAAGAGUCAAUAUAUUGCGGUGUAAGUUCGUUGUCGCAAAACUACAAGAAGAGUGAAGUCACUCAAACUGUUGAAGAAGUAGACUAUCUGAGAAACGCUUGUGAUAUUGUCGGGUCAUGUGUUGAUUUGAGUGUACACGAAGAACUUAAACAAUACCUGGGUAUUAAAGAAAUAGAGAACAAAGCAGCUAACAACAAACGAAAGUCUGUCAAUUCUGAAAAUGGUUUAGCAAAGAAAAUAAAAUUGGAGGAAGGGUGUCCGGAAAACAAUAUAGAAGAGUCACCUAAACCAGCUGCUCCUGUAAAAGAAAAAAAGAUCACUGCAAAGGAAAAGGCACUUGCAAAAGGUGCAAAGGGAUCUAAGAGUAUAUCUUCGUUUUUUAAAAAAUAAAAACAAUUCAAUCCCAAAAAUGUGUUAUUAUUUU